AAAAGGUGUUCUUGUUGUGCAUGGACUUUUUUGGAUCGGUGUGAGGUUUAAAAGUGACAGUGAUCUCUAUCACCGGACAUGGCUCCUAUCAGGAUAACAAAUCAUCUAGGAUUAUUCCACUGAUAAUGAACUGACUGGAAGGACCUUUGUGCAAACAUAAAAAAUGGCAAAACGGGUCAACAAAAACCACUACAUUGCUUCCCCCAGACACAGCAUAUCGCCAACCCCUGUCCACGUUUCACGAAGUUCCGCUUAUUCAGACGGAGAAGAAAGCCAAAGAGCACCGUCAGAAAGAACUCUUUCUGAAUACACUUCAGUGCCAUAUACCAUAGUAAAUGAAAGAAACGGUCGCAGUAAAUACCACAAUGGAGUCAACAAUCAUCCACCUCGUGCAGCCUCUGUCAUGAGUCGAGGCAGUGGAUAUGACAAUGGAUCAGAUAUUUAUGUCACAAGUGGCGCAUAUAAAGCCCCAUCAGAAAUUAGUCGUAGCUCCCGGGCAAGAGCACCGAGCCAUUACUCCUACAGAAGUGGACGUGCCCCAUCACUGACCAGCACAGUAAAGACUCGCACCUCCCGAAAAGGAGGCGUCAAAGUCGAAACGAUGGCAGCCCCCAACCCAUUUUGCCCCAAUAUCAAAGGAAUGUGCUGCUUGAUGCUCCUCCUAAACUUAGGAAUCAUCUUGAUCACUCUCGGAUUCGUUAUUGUGAUUCAGUUUUUCGAACCGAUUUACGUUUGGGUCUUGGGUAUAGUCUUUCUAAUCUUCGGAUUCCUUACACUGAUUGGAAGUCUUAUCUACUGCGUUAUUAUUUGUAAGGACGUGAAAUCACCAAAGGACAUUAAUCCGGAAGAUCUGUAUUGGACUCAUCAUUGGCAGAAAACGAUUGGAUCGCCUGAGAUAAAUUAUAAAACUGAGGAAAAAUACGACGAUAGAUAUAGCGACAGAUAUUCUAUCAGCAAAUUGUCUGGAAAAUACUCCGAUCGAAACAGCAGAUAUUAGACUAUGUGAAAGGUUUAAACAAACAUGUGGGUGUUUAUGACACAUCUACUGUUCAAUACCAAAUGCCUCUCACAUUUUCUUAAUAACUUGUAACAAAUACUAGAUAAUUUUUAUCUGAUUACUGAUUAGAUACCCAUACAUACAUAUUUUCAAAAAAAAAAAAAUCUAUUGCUAACGCAAGACUGAUUAAGUGAUUAUCAUCUUGCAUUUUAAUUAAAUCGUGAACUGAAAAAGCCUUCUUUUUUACGUAAUUGUCGCACAAAAACAUUCUUCUGUUGCUGUGAUGAUUUAAUGGUUUUUAGUAGUGGAAAACUAAAUAUGUACUAAUAAUGCUUUAAUUUACUAUACGUAUAGGUAAUAAUCAAGUGCACUACUUUUGAAUUUUUUGAUGUAUGUAUUUAUAUUUUUACAUAAUUAUUCCUUUUUAAUUUAUAGAAUUCAGAUCUUUUAUAGUUUUUUUUAUUAACAUACUUGUACAUACAUUUCUUUGAGAAACCUAAUUUUGUGCAAUUAAACUGUAAUUAAAAACUA